AUGGCGGCGUCCUCGCUGGAGCAGAAGCUGUCGCGGCUGGAGGCGAAGCUGAAGCAGGAGAACCGCGAGGCGCGGCGGAGAAUCGACCUCAACCUCGACAUCGGCCCCGCCCGCGCCCGCCCCACCCUGCAGCUGCCCCUGGUGAGCGAGGGGGGCCGGGGGGGUCCCCCCGAGAGCCCCCAGCCCGCGCCCCCCCCCCGGCCCCGGCAGAUGCUGGGGCUGCCCCCGCCCCCGUUCCUGGUGCCACGCAGCCUCGAGAGCAUUGAGAUCGACCAGAAGCUGCAGGAGAUCAUGAAACAGACGGGGUACCUGACCGUGGGGGGACAGCGGUACCAGGCUGAGAUCAAUGACCUGGAGAACCUGGGCGAGAUCGGCAGCGGCACCUGCGGGCAGGUGUGGAAGAUGCGAUUCCGCAAGACUGGGCACGUCAUCGCCGUCAAGCAAAUGCGGCGCUCGGGGAACCGUGAGGAGAACAAGCGCAUCCUGAUGGACCUGGACGUGGUGCUCAAGAGCCACGACUGCCCCUACAUCGUGCAGUGCUUCGGCACCUUCAUCACCAACACCGACGUGUUCAUCGCCAUGGAGCUCAUGGGCACCUGCGCCGAGAAACUCAAGAAGAGAAUCCAGGGCCCCAUCCCCGAGCGCAUCCUGGGCAAGAUGACGGUGGCAAUCGUGAAGGCGCUGCUGUACCUGAAGGAGAAGCAUGGUGUGAUCCACAGGGAUGUCAAACCCUCCAACAUCCUGCUGGACGAGCGGGGCCAGAUCAAACUCUGCGACUUCGGCAUCAGUGGCCGCCUGGUGGACUCCAAGGCCAAGACCCGGAGCGCGGGCUGUGCGGCCUACAUGGCGCCCGAGCGCAUCGACCCCCCCGACCCCACCAAGCCCGACUACGACAUCCGCGCCGACGUCUGGAGCCUCGGCAUCUCCCUGGUGGAGCUGGCCACGGGGCAGUUCCCGUACCAGAACUGCAAGACGGAUUUCGAGGUGCUGACCAAGGUGCUGCAGGAGGAUCCCCCCCUGCUGCCCCCGGCCAUGGGAUUCUCCGGGGACUUCCAGGCCUUCGUCCGAGACUGCCUCACCAAGGACCACAGGAAGAGACCAAAGUACAACAAGUUACUGGAGCACACCUUCAUCAAGCGCUACGAGACGCUCGAGGUGGACGUGGCCACCUGGUUCAAGGACGUGAUGGCCCGGACAGAGUCCCCGCGCCCGGGGGGUGGCCUGGGCCACCACCUGCCCUUCUUCACCAGGUAGCGCCCGCCCGGCGCCGCCACGCCCGGCAGGGGACACCGGGGACACCGGGACAUCCCCUGGGACACCGGGGACAGCCGGGACACCUCCGAGGACAGGGACAGCCCUGGGACACUGCCUGGUGCCGCCACGCCUGGCAGGGAGCACCAGGGACACCGGGGACAGCCCUGGGA